AUGGCGCGCAGACGCAGGCCGCCCAGGGCCGGCGCCCUGCACGAGCUGCAGCCGCUGCGCACCGCCGCGCAAAUCGCCGUGCUGCAGCUUCUUUUCUACGCCGUCGCGCUCGUCCUCAUCGUCUUCACGUCGCUCGUCGCGGGCCGGCCCUUUGGCGUGGACCAGCUGCUCGGGUGGGAGUCCGUCCGGGGCGACAACACCGAGGGCUGGCUGAUGGCAUUUGUCUGGCUCUUUGACGGGUCAUUCUGCAUGGCCGUUGCAAUCGUCAUCCUCAUCGCCCGCAGCAAGCUUGUCCCCGAUUUCGCCCUCACCGUGCACGGUCUGCACCUACUCGUCGUCACUCUCUACACGCGCUCGCUGCCGCGCCACGCCAUGUGGUGGCUCACCAUGGCCGCGUCGUCGGCCGCCGCCGUCGGACUCGCGACUUGGGGCUGCCGCUACCGCGAGCUGCAGCCCGUCUUCUUCGGCGGCCGCAUCCUCGGCGCCGGUGACGGCGGCGCGUCCUCGGCCGCGAGGGCCAGCUCGCCCCCGCCGCCCACACCGGGUAGCAGCAGUGGUGGCGCGGGUCACCACGCUGACCUCGAAGCGGGCCUCGGCCCAGACGGCGAUGACGAGACGGGCUUCGUGCAUGGUGGUGGAGGGCGCGGCAAGGGCCGCGGGAAGGACGGGCACGGCGCGUACGAGAUGGUGCAGAUGAAGACGUCGUCUUGA